AUGAAGAUCGAUAGAUUGUUCCAGAAGACAGAGAAGAAACAGUUACAAGAGUUUUCAAGAGAUUCUGUACUGCAUGCAGUAGUGGAAUUUGUCGUGUGUGAUGAUCAAUCUCUAGUGUUGGCAAACAACACCACCUUUCGAAACUGCUUAGUUGCAAUGCAUCCAGCUGCAACUGUAGCAGAUUUGCCUUCAACACACAAUGUCACAACAUAUAUUCACAACUCAUUCAUCAAGCUCAUCAAGGAUAUCAAGGCUGAGAUGCAGGUACAUUUUUUUAUUUGA